AUGCUCUCCCGCGCCCUGCUUGUUUCGACGUUGGCAGCCGUCGUUCGCGCGGCUGAAGGGGAAGAGCCGGAGAGCGGUCCUGGCCACUGGUCGAGGAACGACAAGAUCCUCAUUGCGCAUGCAAGAGGGUUCCCUGGCCACGCCGCCCUGAACGGACUUUCUGUCGUCUUCAUCAUCAUCGCCUUCGCUCUUGGCGUGACCGUCGUUGAGGGCGAGUUCGGACAGGACUUCCACCACUCCCUUGGACUCGCACUCCUCGUCCUCUUCCUCGUCCAGCCACUCCUCGGACUGGCGGGCCACUUCUGGGCUCGCCCUUCUCCGCUCACCUCCGCCGCGCCUUCCUGGGGACUCCCUCGUCCCAACCCUAUCCGCAUCCUCCACAUCCUCCUCGGCCUCACCAUUGUCGGACUUGGCUACACACAAGUCAUCAACGGCCUGUACAUCGAGUGGCCGAACAAGAGCGAGGCCGCAACAGAAACGCCUCUCGCCGUCAAGAUUAUCUUCUGGAUCCUCUUUGCGCUCUUCAUCGUCGCCUAUGUCGGAACUUGGAUUGCGCAGGCCAUUCGCGGCCGCGGCCGCGAAGGCAGGGCGUCGUUGUCGUCGGCCGCCUCGUCGAACAACGCACUCGUCGGUACUCCCAAGAACGCUGGAGCACGCGACAUGUCGUCCGCCAACGUCUAG